CAAGCAGGCACGAGACCUGACAGAAAGAUGGUGGUUACUGGAGAUGAUUGUCGUGACGGUGCGGAAGUAAAUGUUACAGAAAACAUGGAUAACAGCCAGCCUAACGUUGAAUUGGUUCCAAGAACGGAACAAAAUAACGACGAGAGAAAUGAAAUUGCAGAAGAUGAUGAACAAAGAAGAAAACCUCAACCGUCACGUUUAGAAUCGUUCUUUGCCAUAACAAAAUCAUUAAUUAUACGAGCUCUUAUAAUUUAUUUUAUUAGUAGCUUCUUUAGACGCCCUGAUAAUAAUUCCAAGUCUCCCAAUGCUAUUAGUGAUACACGUUUACAAGCUGUAAAUAUAUUUCCCAAUGGAACAUUGUUUGACCUUAAUGUUUAUCUAUCGGAAUUUGAGAAUUUUAAACAAUUCAACGAUCCACAAUCAUUAAUUUGGUUCGAAGAAGGACUGAUUUAUGGGGAUUGGUAUAGCGGACCGAAUCAAGAUGGGUCCAAAACAUUCGAGUACUCGUUUGUUCCUUCAGAACAUUUAAAGCAAAAUGGCUCUAUUUAUCUUCAUAUAUAUGUAACAAAAAGUGGAAAAUCACCAAAUCCUAAAGCGGGCAAGGGAAUUUAUGCUGGUGAUUAUAUAGCCUACUCGAGAAAAAUGUUAAAUAAGUUUAAAAAAAUUAAAUAUCAGAAAAGACACAAUUUAUUAACUGGUGAAAGUACUGCUAGUAAAGAGGAAAUAGCAAAAGCUGAAUUAAUGAACCAAGAAUACGUGUCACAUUGGCAUCCAAAUUUAACCAUUAAUUUAGUGGUAGAUCAAACUAAUUGGGUAUAUGGUCAAGUACCGCAACCAUUAGAUGAAUAUGUACAUUUCUUACCUGGUGGAAAUGCAUAUAAACCAAUAAUAUAUAUGAACGAUUUUUGGAACAUGCAACGGGAUUAUCAGCCAUUGAAUAAUACUGUAGAACAAUUAGAACUCAGAUUGACUUAUCAGCCACUUUCAUUAUUUAAGUGGCAAAUUUAUGCAGCUCAAUCUGUUAGAAAUAAAUGGACAUCAUCAAUUAUGGGAGAAGCAUCUGACGAGGAUGAUAACGAUCAAGAUACCUUGAAGGAAACUUUACUUGAAACAAAUCCAUAUCUACUAGGAUUGACUAUAAUAGUGUCAAUUUUACAUAGUGUAUUUGAAUUUUUAGCAUUUAAGAAUGAUAUUCAAUUCUGGAAUAAUCGGAAGUCCUUGGAAGGUCUGUCUGUUCGCUCUGUAUUUUUCAAUGUAUUCCAAUCUCUUGUUGUUCUUCUUUAUGUUUUGGACAAUGAGACAAACACAGUUGUGCGUAUCAGCUGUGCAAUUGGUUUAUGCAUUGAAAUAUGGAAGAUAAACAAAGUUAUAGACAUUAACAUUAAUAGAGAAGUAAAAAUACUUAGAAUCUUUCCAAAGAUAUCAUUCCAAGAUAAGGGAUCAUAUGUGGAAUCUUCUACAAAGGAAUACGAUAGACUUGCCUUUAAAUAUCUCUCAUGGGCCUUGUACCCUCUGUUAGGUGGAUAUGCGAUUUAUUCUUUAAUGUACUUGGAACAUAAGGGAUGGUAUUCUUGGAUUCUCAAUAUGCUAUACGGAUUUCUAUUAACUUUCGGAUUCAUCAUGAUGACGCCGCAAUUGUUUAUUAAUUACAAACUGAAGAGCGUCGCACAUCUUCCAUGGCGUAUGCUUUCGUACAAAUUCCUAAAUACAUUCAUCGACGAUAUCUUUGCAUUUGUGAUAAAAAUGCCGACCUUGUAUAGGCUCGGCUGCUUCCGCGAUGAUAUUGUUUUCUGCAUAUUUUUGUACCAAAGAUGGAUAUACAAGACCGAUCAUACUAGGGUGAAUGAAUUUGGUUUUUCCGGGGAGAUGGAAAUACAGCUGGCAGAAAGUAAGAAACAGGCAGCAAUCAAUGAUCGCUCGAAAGACGAAGUAGCGAAAAAAAAUGAAUAAUAUUUGUGAUGUUUAAGUUAAGCAUCGAUCGUAUACGUUAUAUUCUAUAUUGUUUCGAGAAUCAAUAAAAUCGUCCGAUACCAAAGGAAAAUAAUUA